CAAAUGGAUUGGAAUGGAAUUUAUGGAAUGGUCGAAUGGAAAGUAAAGCUAAGCUAAUGGUGAUUUUAUUAUUGGCGAACGAUUUAUUUUUCCGUACCUUCCGAAGAAACAUUGUAGUACGCAGGUGAAGUAAGAACGACCAUUCCCUCAAGAUGUCUGGGAAUGAGAGUAAGGAGGAAAUCCUCAACAACAUCCGAGCUAUUAUUGUCUCAAGCAAAGGACCUGUUCUUUUGUCGUACUUAUAUCGUGAUUAUGAGACUGUAGUUGGAUAUCCAAUUGAUUAUCAACGCUUUAACUUUUCGUCACUCGAAGAGUUUUUAAGGAGUUUGCCAUCAUUAAGAGUAUGUGGGACAGGAGGGAGAGCGAUGGUUGAAGCUGCGACCAAAAAUGAUUCAAAACAUGUGUCAGAUUUAAUAUCGAAACAAAAACCCUCCAAAAAGCCCCCUUUUCGAGGAGGUUCCUUCUACGCUCCGCCCCCUCCUCGGGGACGAGGUGGGAGAGGAAGGGGGAGGGGUGGCUAUUAUGUUUCGACGAGAGGACACUUCAGGACAAACAGCAACUACUUGCCAAGAGACACCUAUAGAGAGAGGCCACCUCGAGAGUCAAUUGGAGAAAACUGGGACUCAAGUAACCAGGACUCUCCAAAAAAAAAUUCCCCUCCACCUCCUGUAAAUUUUACAGUAAAGGUAGAUGGGGAUUAUAGAAAGGUGGAGGUGACUCACAAGCAAAAGGAGAAGGAAGUUCCUCCAAGAUUUCAAAAAUCGAAACCAAAACCUGUCACACCAGAACCCCCCGCUACAAUUGAACCCCCUCCUAGCACUGUAGAUCCCCAGGUGUUUGAAAUACAAUGUCUUAGUACAUUAAACCACAAACAGAUAGUAGCCUAUAUGCAUGGACUCUCAUCUAAAAUAAAGUUUUCUCUUUUCUUUGAAUGCCCUGAAUUGACAAUUAAAAAUGUAGGAACAAGGGUACUGGAACGAAGUCCAUGUUUUGAUGCCAAAGUGCCAUUAUUGGUGAUGGUUGGAGACACUGACGUUUUUACAACUACAGAAAAAAUUAAAGAGAUAAUGAAAGACUAUAAGGCUCUAAUUUAUGUGUUGAGAGAGCAGUAUCCUGGGAUCAGACUCAUUUUGGUUCACCUGCCUAUUUGCAUUUGUGCAUAUCAGAACCAGUUUCUACUGGAAAGAGCAAACUCAUUCAACGAGUGUUUGUCAAAAGAAGUUGCAAAUAAUUCAGGCGACCUAUUUGUUCUCAGCCUUCAAGAAUUUGACAAAAUUGAAUUUUUUACAUGUAUUGACCCAAAAAAUAAAACAAAUGCCGAUGGCCACAUUACGCAAGCUGGAUAUGCAACUCUUGCAAAGUUGUUGAUGACUCAACUACUUCAGGCCUCUCAACUAAUUUGGUUAGAAAAUUGUGGAAGUUGUCAGAAUUUUGACUCAAGUGUAUUCCUCGGCCAGCCAAGCAGUGCUGCCAACUCUCGAAUCAUCUCGCCUCUUGGCCCUGGUCAGCUCGUCAGUGCUGGCCUGGCAAAAAAAGAGGCUGAAAAGGCAAAGAAGCAGCAUUUAAAUUCAUCCUCAAACUUCUUGCUCCAUUCUGCUACAAAUGGAGAGAAUGGUCUUGCAGCAGGCUUCGCUCGUUUAACACACCAAGAUUCAGCAUCGUCUCUUGAAAACCCUCUGGGUAACCCAGUGGACAAUCUAGUGGAGGCAAGAGGAAAGGAUCUUCUCAGACCUGACACUAGUAACUUACCCAACAACAUACUUCAGUUGGAAAACUACUGUUAUUUGCGAGGCUGGCCUGAGCCCAAGUACACCAUCCUCGAAGAAGGCAGAUCCGGCCUCUUCUUUGCUUCUGUUAAAGUCAAUGGAGGUGGUGAUAACACCUUCGUAGUUAGCACGUUACCUUUCGAGCAUCGGGAUCAACUAAUUGUGAAAGGCUUUGCAGCAUUAAAAGCUAUUGAAAAAAUCCUCACUGAAGAAACGAAGGUGAAAUCCGAUAGAGUAGUCAAUAAAGACAAGAGCAUAAUCUGUAAUAGGAUUAGGGAUAUUGUUGCAGGAACCUCCACCGGAAUGUUUGCCAGGUCUGUGGAAGACGAGUAUGUAACAAGAUACAACGAGCUACUACCUUCCGACUGGCAGAAGACUGUCCAUGAUUGGCCGUAUUUGGCUGUCGAAUCAACAGUUAGCAGCACAAUCAUCAUUCCCAAAGAACCGGUCACAGAGUUGUUCGAGUAUCCUCCAAAUCCUGGUCCUCCAUAUCUUCCUGUUCAGUCUCUAGGCAACUCAGACCAGUCAGAAGCUGUCUACAUCACCCAUGCGACCUCCCCCAACAAUGUCUACUUCAGGGUGAUCAGCAACGAACACAGCGAGCAGUAUGAACAUCUUCUGGAGAAUAUGGAUAAAUAUUACAAUGGGAUUGGUAAACAGGACCUAGCGUUGGUGGUAGAGGUAGGCCAGUACUAUGCAGCCUUUAAAGCCAAUACCUGGUUCAGAGUGUAUGUGACGGAUGUGGACGAGGAACAAAAACAAGCGGUAGCAUGGCUGAUAGACCUUGGAGAUAGUGAUUAUUUCCCUUUCGGAUCGCUCUACCGACUCACUCAGCAGUUCUGCCAACUACCCCGCCAGGCUGUUCAAUGUACCCUGGAUGGACUUGAAGUUUUCUUUGAUGACCCUGUGGCAAACCAAGUUGUCAGCUUUAGUGAUUUGCUUUUAGAAAAGGUGCUCAUAGCCAAGAUUACAUCCAGAAACGAAAUGGAUGGCUAUGUCACAGUGUCUCUUUAUGAUACAUCAGGAGAGGAUGAUGUUGACGUCAACUUAAAACUCAAAGAUGAAAUUAUACUAAGUACCAAGAAUGAACUACCACCUGAAGGGCAAGCUAGGGAGUUUGCGAUAGGUCACGUUUCAAAUAGAGGAGAGGUGUACUUAACUUGCCUCGGUCCCGCACUGGACAGAAUUUUGGAAAUCCUCGAAUCUUUAAGUACUGAAAGAUUGAGCGAGUUGAAGCUCUCAAACUUCAAUCUCUCACAUACUAAAAUGUACUUAGCGAAGUUUAGCACUGAUGGAAAGUGGUACAGAGCCAAGAUAGCUGGCCCUCCUUCAAGACUGCUGAACAAGAUCCCCAUCCGAUUUGUGGACUUUGGGAACGAAGAAACAGUCGGGAUCAACAGCUUGGCUGACAUUAAUACUCUUCCUGAGAUAUUGAAGGAGCUACCUCCACAGUCCGUGAUGGUUCAGCUGAACAAGUUGCCCCCGAAUAGUUUGACCAACCCUGAGGUGGCCACUCUGCACUCCCUGCUGCUGGACCAGGUGAAGGCUUUCCUCAUCAAGCCUACAGACCUCUCUGCAAAUCCUCCAGUGGUAGAGAUCUUCACCAAGGAAGACGACCAGGCCUACAAGUCUGUCAGCGAAAUCAUUGACAUUCAACGCCAGCAGUACAGGAGUGAUAUGAACUUCAACAAGCUUUUAGCUGUACCGAAUGACCUAGAGCCGAGACAUCCAGAUAUUAUCCCUUUUGAGCCUCUGGACCUCAUAGUGAGGCUACCUGCGCAUCCAGGGCAUUUCAUUUUUCAGAUUCAAAAGUAUAGUGAUGAUUUGGAGGAAUUGACACAACAAAUGGCCAAGUACUACCAAACUGAUGCUAAUGUUGGACUUGACAUUAAGGAUGUCAAGGAACACUGUUUGUAUGCUGCCUACUAUGAGGACAAGUGGUACAGGGUGUCAGUGAAAUACAACAAGGUGUCAGGGAAUCGAGUGGCUGUCCGUCUCAUUGACUACGGAGACUGUGUAUGUGUCCAUACAUCUAGUCUGAGACAAUUGCCUGCUAUUUUCCGAGAACUCCCACUCAUGGCAAUCAAAGGAGGGAUAGCAAAUAUAAGGCCUAGCCACAGGGACUGGACUGUAGAAGACUGUAUUAGGUUCAAGCAGUUGGUUUCAGACCGGCCUUUGCUGGGAACUGUCAUUGAAGUUCAACCAGACCAAGAAAACCCAGCAGAAAUCAUGGUCACAUUGAUCUUGAUGGACAAAGUAUUAGGAAUGGAAUAUAACAUUGGAGACAUCUUGCUCACCGAGCAACGGGCUGUGAAGGCAUAGUGAUAUUGAGCUUUAUUCCUAUUUAAUAUUCGCAUAUUUUGGUACAUAAAAUAGUUUGUAUAUAACUUGUAUGAAUAUUAAUACAUCUCCAGUACACAGUAUCAAAUAUUAUAUUUAUUAACAAUAACAGAACAAAUUGUGUUUGUAUAGUAUAACCAAACAGUGUUGUUAAUUUUUCAUUACAAAUUUCUCAAUUAGUUUGGUUUAAGACUGCACUCUUUUGAUUGGAUUUGUUGUAACUUUUGUUGUAGGUAGAUAUUUUUUUACCAAACUAGGAUGUAUAUAACUUGUAUAGAUGUAUAAUACAUCUCUAGUAUGCAGUGUAAAAUAAUGUGCGAUAUUUAUGGACAGUGAAAUUAGAAUAUUUGUUUUAUUGUGUAACUAAACAGUGUUAUAUUGUUAAUUUUUUAUUACAUAUUUCUCAACUA